CUGUAGGUUGCAGACCAACAUUAUUGUAAAGACUAGCAAAAAAGAAGAAGAAGAAAUGGAUUCCAUGACGAGAUCUGAGAGGGCUUCAUCCACAGAGUUUGAGGAGCUUCCUCUGUGCCCUUACGCCCGGUUCACGAUCAACUCCGAAAAGGAUGGAUCGCGCGAGGUGAAGUGGCCGGGUGGGUAUCGUUGCUACAUGGUGGACACGGGCUUCGAGUCAGGCGGCUCCCGUCACUUCGUACGCCCUCUCCACCGGUGCCAUAACAAGAACGCUCCCGCCGGGGAGGAUUCAUACUGUCAUCAAUGCGGACGAGAUGGAGAAGAUGAAGACGAUCUCUAUUGUUUUUGUGAUGAAUGCAACAGAAUCUUCCACAGAGAAUGCGCGGAAUCUGCAACUGAGAUCAAACACCCUUACCAUCCCAAACAUCGGCUUCAACUACUCUGGAACUCCGGUCGACCCCACAAGCUGUGCUAUUGUUGUAGACGAGAAAUGGGUACGUCGUUCUACCAUUGUUUCGCGUGUGAUUUCAGCGUGGACACGAUUUGUGCUAAAAGGCCGGCGCCCCUUGUUAUAGACCACCCAAAAUGUCAUGAACAUCCACUCGCCCUCUUCUUCCCUAGGCAGGUUUCUUUUAGCUGUAACGCAUGCGCUCUAGGCAACGACGGCUGCUCUGUUUAUUUGUGCCUCCAAUGCGAUUUCAUCAUCCACAGAGAUUGCAUUUCUCUACCGCGAGUCAUCAAAAUAUCCCGUCACCCCCACCGCCUCUCUCACACUUACGAUCUUCCUCCUGGAGCAUUGUCCUGCGGAGUUUGUCAUCUAAAGAUGAAGAAGGACUGUGGAGGGUAUUCUUGCACAAGGGACUGCUCCACUUAUGUUGCUCAUGCGAAAUGCGCCACGAGAAGAGAUGUGUGGGAUGGGCAAGAACUCGAGGGAGUACCGGAAGACGCUGAUGUGUUAAGAGAUGUCGAGCCGUACGAGGUAAUAGGGGAUGGGAUAAUAUGCCAUUUCGGCCAUAGACACCAUCAUCUUAGACUCCACGAAGAAAGUAGAAUUUACGAUGAAAGCAAGUUCUGUCAGGCGUGCACGCUUCCUAUCCAUCGUGACGGUAGAUUCUACAGUUGCGUGCAAUGUGAUUGCAUUCUCCAUGAAAGAUGUGCUAAUCUUCCCCGUAGAUUACAACAUCCGCUACAUCCCCAUCCGCUAACCCUACAUGCGGACCGAACAGAGCUUUUCCAAUGUGAGACAUGUGUUCGAUUAUGCUGUGGCUUCAUGUACGCCUGUCCUGAACAGGGGUGCGAUGGUUUCAGUCUAGAUACGCGUUGCGCCGCCUCGAUUUCCGAGCCAUUUAGGUUCGAAGGCCAUCCACAUUCUCUCUACCUUAGCGACGUUGGGAAAUCUCCAUGCAUGGUCUGCCGAAGAAGGAUAUCAGGCCUUGUUUACGGAGGACGAACAAUAGGCAUGCUGAGAUGUUUUGAGAAAGGCUGCCUAAGUAAGUGCGUCAGCUUGUGCUUCCAGUGUGCCACGCUACCGUACAGGAUAAAAUACGAGCACGAUGACCAUUUGCUCGCCCUUCGUUGCGCCGAGAAAGAAGAGGCGAGUGGCUUAUACUGGUGCGAGGUUUGCGAAGGAAAGGUAAACCCAGAAGUUAGGUUCUACACUUGUGAUGAAUGCUGCCUCACUCUUCACGUUACCUGCGUGUUCGGGAGAGAUCCAUAUAUGAAGCCUGGCCAAACUGUAUCGGUUCACGAUCGUAAGAUUGACAUUCUUCCCAAUUAUAAUCGCAGCAUUUCUCGUCCGAUCUGUAACACUUGCGGCCAUCGCUGCCAAUACCGCCUUGUUUUCAAUGUUCAUCAGUCUCAAGGUAUAUUUUGUUCUUUCCGCUGUCUCCCGUAACUAAAAUAUUUCGCUUUGAUCAAAGGUGAGAUGAUUCAACUCGUAAACGGCGAGACAAAGUUCAUUCCCAAUCCAGGUUCGAGUUUUUAUUUGUGGAGAGACAUUUACAUGGGUUUUUCCGAUUCUCGGAUACGUAAUUGGAUCAGAAAUCCGGUGAACUUCCGGAAUACAAAAAAAAAAAAAAUCGGUUUGAAGGCCUCGCCAAACUAGUAUAUAUUUGUGUUCUCUAUAUGUAUUUACCCUUCUCUUGUUUUUAUGUCUAAUAAGCUUGUUGUCCAAAAAGGCAUGGUUGUGUUUCAUAAGGUCCAUUAAUCGAGUUUUCAUUUGAUGUUUUAUUAGUGAAAUUUAUAAAAG